CGAUCUUGAACGUAGCCAUACUUAAAUGUCAAAAAGUUACGAAGUGGAGUGGAGUGGGGAAGUUUUUGCUUUGUUAAUUUCUUGAAUUUUAAUGUAAAUUAACUUUUCUAAGUGAAUACGCAUAAUUUAAAACCACAAAUGCCUGGAUUAUGACCGAAAUACAAAGUUUAAUAUAAUAAACAGUCGGUAUUUUCUAUCAAGCAGGCAGUAAAUUACUGUCGUACUCACAUCAUAAGUUGCGUGUCAGGAGUCGGAAGAGCUCAGCAAGAUGCCGCGGAAGCUGCUGAAGUUCCUGAUCGUGUUUGACAACACAUCCCUGCUGUACUUCCCGGGACAGUUCCUGUCUGGGAAGGUGUUGAUGGAACUUCAGGAUGACACUCCUGUAUUAGGUCUACAUUUUCAUGUAGUUGGUGAAGGAGUGGUGCGGGUCGGCUCUGGUCGAACAGAAAGACUGUUUGACAAAGAGAACUACAUCGAUUUCAGAAUGAGACUGCUUGGUGAGCCAGGUCAUGGUACGUCAGUACUGUCACCCGGCAUCCACAGCUUCCCGUUCAAGCUGGGUCUGCCCAUGGGCCUGCCAUCAACAUUCCUGGGCACCCACGGCUGGGUCCAGUACUACUGCAAGGCAGCCCUGAGGGAGCCCAACGGCUUGACCCACAAAAACCAACAGGUCUUCAUAGUCAUGAACCCUAUUGAUUUGAAUCUGGAACCUCCUGUUUUGUCGCAAGAGUUCGAGUGCAGCGUAGAACACCGCAUCGGCGUGGGCUGCGUGGGCGCGGGCGUGGUCUCGUGCCGCGUGGCGCUGGACCGAGGAGCAUAUGUGCCGGGCGAGAGCAUCGCGCUCACGGCUACCAUUGUGAAUAACUCACGACAUGCGAUUAAAGCUAGUCGGGCUGCGCUUACUGAGACAAUCCAAUACUCAGCCCACGGCAAGCUAGCAGCCAAGGAGGUCCGUGAACUGGCUGUAUUACGCCACGGCAAGACCCGAGCGGGCGAGGCGGACCGGUGGCGCGGGGAACUGCUGUAUGUGCCGCCACUGCCGCCCACCAAUCUACGGGGAUGUCACCUUAUUACUGUCUCUUAUGAUGUGUUUUUCAUAAUCGAGCCGAAGAGCCUAGAAAAGGAGGUCAAGCUUCAACUGCCGAUCCUCCUCGGGACCUACCCGUUCAGAGACGAGCACGAUGAGGCGCCGCACCCGCCCACGCACUACCCCAGCACGCUGCCCAUCUUCAGACCCUGGCUGCAUGAGAAACACUAGUGUUGUUGUGUGAUGCUAGUGCGGGAAGUGGGCCGUUACAGUCGAGUUAGCGCAUCUUCCGCCCCUGGCUGCACGAGAAACACUAGUGUUGUUAUGUAACAAACGUGCGGAAAGUGGGUCAUUGCAGCCGAGUUAGUGCCGAGGCGAGCACGACGAGUCUUCAUCAUCAUCUUCAACAUCUUCCGGCCCUGGCUGCAUGAGAAACACUAGUGUCGUUCAUUAUAUUACUUAUUUCGCGAUACACAACACGACACUAUUUCGGCGUGCGGCUAGUCGCUUCUCAACUUCAAGCUACAAGUCUUUAGGUAUUUAGUCACUUGCGACACCGACAGCCAUGCGUGCUUUAGCCGCGCGUCAAAAAGCUUCAUUAUAAAUGUAAGAAAGACGCAAUGAUUAGUUUACUCCCAUUACGAGACAUAAGACAAGUCUAUACGAAUGUUGCUAAAAAAUCUUGUGUUGGUUAUGUGGACAAAAAUUACAAACUUACAGAUGAGAUAUGAGUUAAUGAUUUGUUAAAUCAUUAUUAAAGUAUUACACUUUUUUAGUGUGUCCAUCUUCCAGUAUUUAUUCUGGUUCUAAUUAAUUUAAAAAAAUGUAAUAUUAGGAACAAAGUACCUACAUAUCGGUUUCUAUGUAUGUGUAAAUGAUAAUUGGCUUUCUAUUUUCCAUGUGUUUAACUUAGUGACUAUUUUAGCACUAGUGCCAUUUAUAUUUUAUGUCUUAACAUUACUUUAAUCACGUUAAAAAUGUUAAUCUUAAACUUUAUGAUAACUUUAUUAUAAUCUAUUUUUAAGGCUUAUGUACUUACUCGAAUUUGUAUUGGAAAUUAUAUUUUUAUAUGAGCAAGAAUAGCUCAAUAUAUCAUGUAUAAAUCUGAAAAGGUGCCCGGUCUAUAUUGUACAUGUGACGUUAUUUUUUACAAAAUACAUUAGCUUAGUACAUAAUUAUACCUAAUACACUAAAGUAUCACACGAACCUACACUUUUUAAAUACUUUUUGCAAUAUAAUGAAAUGUAUUAUGCCUAUGAGGCCAUUUUGUGUGAACGUAAACUAUUGACCUAGCAUGCGCGCGACAAGUCUUGUCAAAUCAUGUCGUACGCAGUGUGCUAUGCUAGGUCUUCUAAAUGUGCAUUAUUAUUAUAACUAACCUGUGAUAUAUCAAUCCGUCCGAUAUAAAAUAUACACUAUUAAAUUGUAACUAUUUUA